AUGCACUCCUGGAGCUUACCAUGCGUCUUGCUUGCUCCAGUUCUUGUUGCAUUCCUCCCUUUCCCCACGUCCCUCCAACCUCCCCCGCAUGUGGCAUCAGAGGCAGCAGCAGCAGCAACCGGGAGCCAAGCGCAGUGGGCAGCAGGGAGCUCGGUUUUCCCGCCUUCCAGAGAGCCUGUGGCACAGCAGAGGGACCGUCCACAGCAGAGGGAACUUUCACAGCAGAGGGACGAACGGCGAGUGUACGCCGAGCGGUUAAGGCGACUGCUGAACGCCGAGCGACGAUACGCGAACAUUGAACGGCAAGCGUCCAACGGACAGCUGAACCAUAGGCAGCAGCAGCACCAACCGGGAGCCAAGCGCAACGGGCAGCAGGGAGCUUGUGGCACAGCAGAGGGACCUUCCACAGCAGAGGGACCUUCCACAGCAGGGAGGCAGCGCUUCUACCAGGGAGAGUAUGGGGCUGGCCGUGACCUAUCAAGAUAUGCCACUUUUUCCAGUUCUACACCCCUGACCUCCUUUCCCGCCUGUCCGAGGAGCGAGCAACGACAGAGGGACCUUCCACAGCAGAGGGACCUUCCACAGCAGGGAGGCAGCGCUUUUAUCAGGGAGAGUAUGGGGCUGGCAGGACCUAUCAAGACCACUCAUGAUGCAACAGAGGAAGCAGAGUGGCACACUGGCAACACCAGUUGCUCCAGCAGAGGCGAGUGCAGAGCGAGCGCUAGUGCGGGAGGGGAGGGAGGGAGUACGGGACAGCAUCUGUGGAUGGCUCUUCAACUGCAUGGAGCGCUAGUGGACAGCUCCGUGACUUCUCAAGGGACUCACCUUUCCGUUAUGCACCUGUCUGCAAAGGUUGACACAGAUCCUUGGAAGAGCAGCACAAACACAGUCAAGGAAGAUGGUUCUUUGCUCUUCCGCUACAGAGAUGGAAGGGAAGAUCGACGAAUCGUGACCAAGGGUGCUACAUUUGUAGCAGACAGUCACUGA